AUGCAGUCCUCAGAGACAUUCGUCGGAUCAAUUGACCAAGGCACAACCAGCACCAGAUUCCUAAUAUUCAACCGUGAGGGCGAGCCAGUAGCAUCACACCAAGUUGAGUUCAACCAAAUCUAUCCACACCCAGGGUGGCACGAACACGACCCCCUCGAACUCGUAUCUUCAGUAGAAACCUGCAUCUCAGAAGCCGUCUCAAACCUCGAAGCCCAAGGCCACUCCCGAAGUUCCAUCAAAAGCAUUGGAAUAACCAACCAACGCGAAACAACCAUAGUCUGGGACCAUGAGACCGGCGAACACCUCCACAACGCCAUUGUCUGGACCGACACCCGCUCCCAAUCCAUAGUCGCGGAGCUGAAACAGAGGCCAGGUGCAGAACAGCUCCAGACCCUCUGCGGCCUCCCGCUAUCAACCUACUCGUCUGCAACAAAGCUCCUCUGGAUGCUCGCGCAAGUCCCCAGAGUAAAAGAUGCAUUUGACCGCGGCACGUUGGCGUUUGGCACCGUCGAUGCCUGGCUCGUAUACCGUUUGAACGGUGGCGCAGCAGCCAACGUCUUUGUCUCGGAUUCGACGAAUGCGUCGCGGACAAUGUUUGUGAAUCUAGAGACAUUGCAGUAUGAUGAGACAUUGCUCGAUUUCUUUGGGAUUAAGGGGAGGGUUCAUUUGCCGAGGAUUGUGCCUUCGUCGGAUUCGAAGGCAUAUGGGGUUGUUGCGUCGGGCCCGCUGAAGAAUGUGCCGAUUAUGGGCUGUUUGGGGGAUCAGUCUGCUGCAUUGGUUGGGCAGAAGGGGUUUUCGCCGGGUAUGGCGAAGAAUACGUAUGGGACGGGGUGCUUCUUGUUGUAUAAUGUUGGGGAGAGGCCGGUUUUCUCGAAGCAUGGGCUACUGGCUACGGUUGCGUAUCAUUUUGGUGAGAGGCCGGUUUAUGCGCUUGAGGGGAGUAUUGCUGUUGCUGGGUCUGGGGUCAAAUUCUUGCAGAAUAACUUGGAGUUCUUUCAGGAGGCUCGGGAGGUUAAUGAUCUUGCUCACUCGGUGGAGGAUAAUGGGGGCUGUGUGUUUGUCACUGCUUUCAGUGGUCUUUUUGCACCUUAUUGGAUUGAUGAUGCCAAGGGUACAAUGUUCGGAAUCACCCAAUACACCAAGAAGGGUCACAUCGCACGCGCAACCUUAGAAGCAACCUGUUUUCAGACCAAAGCCAUCUUGGACGCAAUGGAGAAAGACAGUGGCCAUACGCUCUCGGAGCUAGCUGUAGAUGGUGGCAUGAGCAACUCAGACUUGGCAAUGCAGACCCAGGCAGACUUGAUCUCCAUGCCCGUCUACCGGCCCAAAAUGCGGGAGACCACAGCUCUCGGAGCAGCAAUCGCAGCAGGCCUUGCUGUGGGACUCUGGCGGAACUUUGCUGAGCUUCGAGAUAUCAAUCGCGUUGGUGGUGCGGUUUUCGAGCCUCAAGUGUCUCGACAAGAAAGCGCCGCGAAGUUCGCUCAAUGGGAGAAGGCUGUGAAAAUGUGCAGGGGCUGGGUGGAUGCCAAGUUCGACGAGGAACGAGAGGUCCAUGUUCCGAAUAAUGUGACCACGGUGCGGAUGGAAAGUCAUGAUCCCCCUCCAGAGAAGACGUUACAUGAGGCAGAGCAUGCGGUAACCUCUGAACUGGUCAAAAGCCCUGCUGCAUUCACCACGACUGCCAAGAGUGUGUCUUGUUCAAUCAAGGAAAUUCAUCUUCCAACCGCGCAGACGGCAAUGGUGACUGUGCUAGGUGAUCUGGAAGAUGCAGAUGAAGAGGAUUUGCUCUUGGAACUGCGUAAGGUGGAGAUCUUGCAGAGGCUCAAGAAGUUAAGGAAACAUAAGCCCAAUAUGUACUGA